AUGAGUUUUUCUCCCCCCUCGUCCCCCUCGGCUCCGAUGCCACACAUCGCACAGCAGCAAGAGCUCAUGCGCGUUUACCGAGAAGAACUGCAGCUGCAGCAGCGACUCCAGCAGCAGUGUCAUCUGCUCCAGUGCCUCACGGAAGCUGCAGUGGGUAUCUUCUCGUGGUGGCGCCAAGGCGCAGCCGCGGCAGCGGUGGGGACCGACAACGGCUUCCUGGUUGCUGGAUGCUCACCCAUAUCAGAAGGGUCGACGAGUUUUCACGCAGACACCGGAAAAUUUGCCCUGCCAUUGGCAACAUCGUUGUUGGAGCUGCACCCGGGCAUGGUCUUCUACUCACUGGGGGAACUGCUGCAGCUGUGGGCAGCCACCGCAUCUCCGUCAGACUUUGGCGGCAGCAGCGAGGAUGCUGACGGGAACGCCAGCGCAGCCGAGACGAUGAACCAGGGCGGGCGUGACAACUCUCGGCGUGAUGUGCAUCCCUCCUCGUACGACCCCUGUAGGGUCCACAAGUGCUCUGAUGACCAUCCCCCACCGUGGACCUUCCCAACUAGCAUUGCGGUUCCACUGCCGCUGAUCAGCGAUAAGUCAAGAGACGUUGCGCGCACGUCUCACACACCUCUUUUGCAGCUCCCCACCCCUGCGCAGCUCAUACGCUACCGCAUGCUGGACCCGGCGUGCCCACUGCCGGUCACCCACCGACUCCUCCUCGGCUCUGUUAACACGGACAGCUUUAGACUCCUCCUGCCGUGGCUCAUGACGCUGACCAAGGAGUGCGCGGAGGCAAUGCUGCUGUGCAGGCCCGACAGACAGACGCGCCAAGCGCCCACACAGUCGGCAGUAAUCGAAGGACAACAUAUGAGUAGUGCCGGCGCCGACGAUGCGCCACGUCAGCUCAGCGCGGUCCCAAGGCUGGCAGGGAUGGAGUAUAAAGCAACGGAGACGAUCGGAACGAAGAGGCCUCGGUCUCAGGGUGGGGGUACUCUACGGUGUAGCAACGGCAGCGUCGUCAGCGAGUCGUGGGGCACACUCUGCGCCUCUCUGGUGCGGGUCCUCUCGUACCUGGUCGCCGCCGCCGCAACCGCAGCAGGCCCAGAGCGCCAGCAGUCCACGGAGCCGCUGCCGCCCUCGCUUGCAUCGUGUUUGGCAUCCGCAGCCACGUCGACCGCCCUGCGUGCCGACCUCCGCCUCUUCCUUGCAGAGGUGGCAGAGGUGCGCGAUACUGUUCUGGAAGUUAAGCGGUACUGUUGUCUGGCAGACUCGCCAUGCGACGACGAUGAACGGACCUUGAAGAGGCCUCGAGGUGAGCCUCUUGUUGCAGCAGCAUUGUCACCACUUGCGUCGGUCGCCGGGCAGGGGCAGCCGAUGGCGAUGAGCCACAUGGCGCUACUGGCCCACCUCGCCGCAAUCGUGGAUGCGCAAGUUCGAAGGUACCUCUGA